UGUUUGAUCCUGACUUCUCUGAUUCUCCCCUUCUUCCAGUGUCCCCCUCUUAUCUCCUGAUAAGUCAUAAAGUGUGGAGACACUCUGCACAUGCUCAGUUUGGUGUUUUUUUUUCUUUGGAGAGUGCAUGUGAUCAGCACAGGGCCAAUAAGCACUGUCCACACAGAGGGUCAGGGGUUUUGCAUCCUCCUAGAGCAGAAAGAAAGCUCCUCCUAAAAGCUUUAACCAGUGCUCUCCUGAAGUCACAAGACUGCUCUAACUGCUGAUAAGAAAAGGUAUUUAGUUUAUAUUUACUAA